GCCCGCGGCUGCUCCGCAAUCACUGCAGGGCGACGUCACGAGGUGCGCGUCUGAGGCUGCGCGUGGCGCGGAGUUCCCACGGUCUUGCCGCCGCCGCCGCCGCCGCCGCCGCCGCCGUCCUCCUGCAGAUUUCUGCCAUUGAACUCUGAGGCACAGGAUGAUUUGGGAAGUGGCCGUGUUGCUCAGCAUGGUCCUGGGAAUUGGUGCUGUUCCCAUAGAUGAUCCCGAGGACGGGGGCAAGCACUGGGUGGUGAUUGUUGCAGGUUCCAACGGCUGGUAUAACUACAGGCACCAGGCAGAUGCAUGCCACGCCUACCAGAUUGUUCACCGAAAUGGGAUUCCUGAUGAACAGAUCAUUGUGAUGAUGUACGAUGACAUUGCCAACUCUGAAGACAAUCCCACACCAGGCAUUGUGAUUAACAGACCCAAUGGCUCGGAUGUCUACCAGGGUGUCCUCAAGGAUUAUACCGGCGAGGAUGUCACCCCACAAAAUUUCCUCGCUGUGUUGAGAGGUGACGAGGAAGCAGUGAAGGGCAAAGGUUCUGGAAAGGUCUUGAAGAGUGGCCCCCGGGAUCAUGUGUUCAUUUACUUCACUGAUCAUGGAGCUACUGGCAUCCUGGUGUUUCCUAAUGACGAACUUCAUGUGAAGGACCUGAAUGACACCAUCCAUUACAUGUACAAACACAAGAUGUACCAAAAGAUGGUGUUCUACAUCGAAGCCUGUGAAUCUGGGUCCAUGAUGAGGCACCUGCCCAGCAACAUCAAUGUUUAUGCGACCACAGCAGCCAACCCCAGCGAGUCAUCCUACGCCUGUUACUAUGACGAGAAGAGGUCCACAUUCCUGGGGGACUGGUAUAGCGUCAACUGGAUGGAGGACUCAGACGUGGAGGAUUUGACGAAGGAGACCCUCCACAGGCAGUACCAGCUGGUGAAGUCCCACACCAACACCAGCCACGUCAUGCAGUACGGAAACAAGUCCAUCUCUGCCAUGAAAGUGAUGCAGUUCCAGGGGAUGAAGCACAAGGCCAGUGCCCCUAUCUCUCUGCCUCCUGUCAAGCACCUUGACCUCACCCCGAGCCCCGAGGUGCCCCUCACCAUCAUGAAAAGGAAGCUGAUGAGCACCAAUGAUCUGCAGGAGUCCAGGAUUCUCGUGGAGCAGAUCCACAGGCACCUGGAUGCAAGGCACGUCAUUGACACGGCUGUGCGCAAGAUGGUCUCCUUGAUGGCGAGCUCCGACGCGGAGGCCAAGUGGCUGCUGUCCGAUAGGGCCGAGCUUAGGGCCUACGACUGUUUCCAGGCGGCCGUGACCCACUUCCGCACGCACUGCUUCAACUGGCACUCCGUCAUGUACGAGUAUGCGCUCAGGCAGCUACACGUGCUCGCCAACCUCUGUGAGAGGCCUUUCCCAAUCGACAGAAUCAAGCUGUCCAUGGACAAGGUGUGCCUCCGCUACUACUGACACGUUGGCCUCCGGAGCGCCUCUGCGCGGACCCACACCCGGGAGGGGCCUUGGGGCUCCUGGGUGCAGGCUCUCUCCCCCACCUCCCUCAGGUCCCGUGUGCCUUGGGGCCUGCCUGCCUCUGAGUGUGCUUCCAGUCUUGAGGUGUAGGGGGGCAUCAGGCUCUCGCUACCACCGUCUCUGUCCCAGGGGGUUGGAGGCCGGGCCUGCGCAUCCUCGGAAUGAUUUUACCCAAGAUGGAUGCACAGCCCCCGAUGAAAAAUGAUCUUUAGAAAAUGCUAAGAUCUUUGAUUGUUUUUAUAUCUUUAUUUAUCAAUAACGGGCAAGGCUUACGAAAAUAAAGAUUCAUGACUGAG